UGCUGGUGGAGCAACAUUUGGUAAGACUACAGUUUGCGAUAUGAUUAUACAGCAGCUUCAUGACCAGCGUGUUGUUCUUGUUAACCAGGAUUCUUUUUACCAUAAUUUGACACCAAAAGAACAUGCAAGAGUACAUGAAUACAAUUUUGAUCAUCCUGAUGCAUUUGAUAAUGAGAAACUUUUAGCUUCUAUGGAUAAGUUGAGGAAUGGGCAAGCAGUAGAUAUUCCAAAGUAUGACUUCAAGAGUUACAAAAACAAUGUCUUCCCGCCUAGAAGGGUAAACCCUUCAGAUGUGAUAAUUUUGGAAGGCAUUCUCAUUUUUCAUGAUCCCCGUGUUCGAGAGUUGAUGAAUAUGAGGAUAUUUGUCGAUACAGAUGCUGAUGUUCGUUUAGCAAGGAGGAUAAAGCGUGACACAGUAGAAAAAAACAGGGAUAUUGGUACAGUUCUUGAUCAGUACUCAAAGUUUGUGAAGCCUGCAUUUGAUGACUUUAUUCUUCCUACAAAAAAAUAUGCUGACAUCAUUAUUCCUCGCGGAGGAGAUAAUCACGUGGCUAUUGAUUUGAUUGUACAACAUAUCCGUACAAAGCUUGGCCAGAAUGACUUGUGUAAAAUAUAUCCUAAUUUAUACGUUAUACAUUCAACUUUUCAGAUACGGGGCAUGCAUACCCUCAUACGUGAUUCACAAACAACGAAGCAUGAUUUUGUAUUUUAUGCUGAUCGGUUGAUUCGUUUGGUGAUCGUUGAGCAUGGUCUGGGACAUCUGCCAUUUACAGAAAAACAGGUGGUCACUCCAACUGAGUCCGUGUAUACUGGUGUAGAUUUCUGUAAGAGAUUAUGUGGUGUGUCUAUAAUCAGGAGCGGUGAGAGUAUGGAGAAUGCUCUGAGAGCAUGUUAUAAGGGAAUCAAGAUUGGGAAAGUUCUAAUCCACAGAGAAGGAGACAAUGGCCAGCAGGUUUCGAUUCCCUCUAUGAUUGUCUUUCAUUUUUUAAUCAACGUAUUGAGACAUAAAAAGGGAAAGUACGGGGUUGGUUUCAUAUGCAACGGUGGCGGGGGAGCUUCUUCACUUGUUCUUGAGCUCAUGUAA